ACGACGCUGUACUGCGCCCUGGCCAGCGACCUGGUGCCCGGGGCCUACUACUCGGACUGUGCCUACACUCCGCCCAGCAAGUUGGCCGAAUCGAAAGAGGUCUGCAGCGACGUCUGGAAGGCGACCUCCAGACUCAUCCGCGCCACCCUCUCGGAGUCGCGAGAGCUCGACGGAGAUUCGUCGGCCGCCAAAGCAUAG